GCCCCUCCCACCUCCCUGGGCUGCCUUUGCCCGCGCGGCUAUCGCUAGCGAGGCUGCUGAAUUUUCUUCCGGCGGGCUUUGCUAGGCUGCGUGCGCUUUCGGCGGGAGGCAGCGGCCGAGCGGUGGUCGGGCUUUGGGCGCAGCGGGCGCUAAUUUGCUCGCUGUGAAAAUGAAAGCAAGCUGCACAGGAAAAGAAAGGGAGGGGCUGUUUCUGUUUCCUGUGCAGCCUUAAAGGGACACAUUUUAAAAACGGAUCCCAAGCUGUAAAACAACAUGAUGCCUACAGUAUUCUCAGAGAAGAUGUCAACAGACUUACCACUAGACAUCAAUAUCAAAGAACCUCGCUGGGUUCAAACCACAUUUAUUGGACGAGCAAGCCAUUUCUUCACUGUAACUGAUCCCAGGAAUAUUUUGCUAUCCAACGAACAAUUAGAAAAUGCAAGAAAAAUUGUGCAUGAUUACAGGCAAGGUAUUGUGUCCCCUGGACUGACAGAAGACGAAUUAUGGAGGGCAAAAUAUAUCUAUGAUUCAGCCUUCCAUCCAGAUACUGGUGAAAAGAUGGUUUUGAUUGGCCGAAUGUCUGCUCAGGUGCCUAUGAACAUGACUAUUACUGGGUGCAUGAUGACCUUUUAUAGAACUACUCCAGCUGUGGUCUUCUGGCAAUGGAUUAACCAGUCAUUCAAUGCCAUUGUAAACUAUACCAAUAGAAGUGGAGAUGCUCCAAUAACUGUAAGCCAGCUGGGAACUGCCUAUGUUUCUGCCACCACAGGUGCUGUUGCUACUGCUUUAGGACUUAAUGCUCUAACAAAGCAUGUCUCUCCACUCAUAGGACGUUUUGUUCCUUUUGCUGCUGUAGCUGCUGCUAAUUGCAUAAAUAUCCCAUUAAUGAGGCAAAGGGAAUUAAAGCAUGGUAUUCCCAUUACAGAUGAAAAUGGAAACCGAUUGGGUGAAUCAACCAAAGCUGCUGAACAAGCCAUUCUGCAAGUGGUUGUCUCCAGGAUUCUUAUGGCUGCUCCAGGCAUGGCUAUUCCCCCCUUCAUAAUGAAUACUUUGGAAAAAAGGGCAUUUUUAAAGCGGUUCCCAUGGAUGAGUGCCCCCAUUCAAGUGGGAUUAGUUGGGUUUUGUCUGGUGUUUGCGACACCUUUAUGCUGUGCAUUAUUUCCUCAAAAAAGUUCCAUGUCUGUAACUCGUCUGGAGUCAGAAUUGCAAGCCAAGAUCCAGGAGCUCAACCCUGAAUUGGACCGUGUGUAUUUUAACAAAGGAUUAUAAUUUGUAGCAAACUGUCCCUCAGCGACAAUUAGGUGAACUUAUUUUUUAAUUGUGUGACAACUUUGAAGACAGUCCUGAUGUGUCCAUUCAGUUUUAUCCAAUUUUGAACACUGAGGUUAUUCGAUAACUGCUAGAGGAUUUUUUAUAAUUAUAAUUUCAAAUCAUAGUUGUGGUCUUUACCACUUUGCUGCAUAUACUUCACUUAGUUUUUGGCUGCAAAUAUUCAAAAAAAGUUUGCAUCAGUUCUCAUGUAGCUAAAGAUUAAAUACCUUUUAGAAAAUGUCA